GUCAAAAGAUACUCCUACGCCCUACCCGGGCCAACAAUCUCCCUGCCACCAACCAAAACUUGCAUAUUCCCACGGAGAAUUGUUCCAGACUCGGUAGUCAAUGCCUCGAGGAUAAAAUCGACAGCCAAAUAGCCGAUGCGCAACACCUUGUCUGCAGCUUACGAACUGCAACAGGGUAUUUAACGAGACAACGCAAUUGGUUCUACACUGACAAACUGCCGAUGAACAUGCUGUGUCUCCCCAUUUGAUGGAAAGCUCAGGGUUCAAUAUUGAUCGGCCCCACCUAUCCCCGCAUGGCCAAGACCGAGCUUAAAUAUGUCUGACCUCCUCAGCAUUUGUGACGCCAUCAAUUCUAAGCUCAUUUCUAUGGAGAAAUUAGGUCAAGAUGGUUGAGAAAGAGAAACAUAUUGAUGCCAAUUUGCCUGCUGCGAGGGAGGUAUCUUCGGAUGAGGAGAUCCGGCAUGGUGAGUGGACGGAAGAGGAUGAAAGGAGGAUUAGGUGGCGGAUGGAUGUGAGGAUGAUCCCGACUGUGUUGAUGUUGUAUUUGAUGUGCUUCAUUGAUCGGUCGAAUAUUGGGAACGCGCGUAUUGAAGGGAUGGCAACAGAUUUGAAAUUAGUUGGCUACCGCUUCAACUGGGCUUUGACAAUCUUCUACUUAGCCUACAUCGGAACCGAAAUCCCAUCCAACCUCGUCCUCAAACUCGUCGGCGCUCAAAUUGUCCUACCAUCAAUUGUUAUCGCCUUUGGCCUAAUCUCCCUUUGCCAUGCCUUCCUCACAAACUUCCACGGUCUCCUGGCUGCACGAUUCUUCCUCGGCAUCGCUGAAGGCGGAACACUCCCAGGAAUCGCUUACUACCUCUCUUGCUUCUAUAAGCGUCACGAACUGCUGCUUCGAGUCGGAAUCUUCAUCCAAGGAGCCACCCUCGCCGGCGCAUUCGGUGGCCUCCUCGCUGCAGGCCUCUCCGAAAUCCCAAAAUGGGGUGUCCACUCUCGACCAAUUUACAGCUGGCGCAACAUCUUCUUCUUCGAAGGACUCUUCACCGUCCUUGUUUCCGGACUCGCUAUCUUCAUCCUACCUUCUUCGCCUGACAAGUGCGAGUUCCUCACGCCGAAAGAUCGCUAUAUAGCCUUAGAACGCAUCAAUCGCGAACACAAAGAGACAUCCGCCGAGAAAACACAGUUUCAUCACGUCAAGCGCGGAAUCUUGAAUAUCGACAACGUGCUCUGUGGCCUAGGAUACUUCUCCAUCAACGUCUCGGUCCAAUCCUUCUCCCUCUUCCUACCCACCAUCCUCCAAGCCCUCGGCUGGACGGCGCUCAAAACGCAAUUUUACUCUGUGCCACCCUAUGCCGUGGCCUGCGUCUGGUCAGUCCUCAUCUUCCGUCUAAGUGACAAAUACAAGAUCCGAGGCCCAUUCCUACUUUUUGGUUCCGUGCUCGCGAUCAUCGGGUACUCACUCCUCGCGACCUCGCGCUCUAACUCUGUGAAAUAUGGCGCUGUAUUCCUCGCAUCCAUGGGCGCGUUUCCAGGUGGACCGAUCUUUCUAGCUUGGGGAUUGAACAAUGCUGCGGGGCAGUCUAUCCGUGCUGUGUCGAGUGCGUAUAUUGUGGGGAUUGGGAGCUCGGGUGCGUUGUUGGCGGUUUGGACGUAUUUGGCGAAGGAUGCGCCGCUUUAUAGGAGGGGUCAUUAUAUUAACAUUGGGGCGUCGGCGGUAGCUGGCUUGAUUGCUGUGGUGGCUAUUCUGUAUACGAGGUGGGAGAAUAGGAUGAGGGCGCAGGGGAAGAGGGAUGGGAGGUUGGUGGGGUUGAGCGAGGGGGAGAAGGUUGAGUUGGGGUAUAGGCAUCCGGAGUUUAGGUAUACUUCUUGA